AUGGACGACGAACGGCUCCGGAGUUUAUUCGCCUCACUGGCCACCUUAACACAGCAUGGACCUAUUCCAGGUUAAUUUUCGAGGAAACAUUUCGGUUACGACAUGUUACAGUACAAGCCUACAGUAUGCUAGCGAACAGGCAUUCGCCCGAAUCUCUAGCAGAACAUAUGAGGAUACGGUGGCUGGCGGAUUGUCGGUUUGGACCGAUUGCCGCUAAUAUUGUACUUCAUAUUCAUAAGGUUUGUGGGGGAAAUUCAAGUUCUCAUUUUGAAGCAUACUUGGGUUCAUGUUUCGAUUUUGCAGAAGAAAAAAAUUUUUUCCAAGUUUCAUUCUAUAUUUUAAAGGAGACUGAAAGAAGUCACUAGAGAGAGAUCUUCCUUUUUCCCUUCAAAAAAUCUAGGUUUUUGGAGGGAAAUCACUAAAGUAGCCACUUGAAAGCAAUAAUUUUUGAAAACUCAUCCUCAAUUCCCUAUUUUGUCUUGUAAAGCUACCGAUAGUCUUCAGGAUUUUUUUCAAGGACAAAAAACCCUCAAGUGGUCACUUCUAGAUGGAUCUCGGCGACGUGGCGCUGUCUUCUUGUGUCCUAGCGCUCCUUCUGAACGACUACCGUAAUCGGCUACAAGUCAGGAACGACUCGCGCUUGAUGUUCCGCAACAGUGUCAGGACCCUUUUCUCGUGAGUUUUCCAGCCGAAAAUCAUUCAACCGUUUCAAGGAAAAGUUAAAUGAAACCGAUUUUUGUUCGGUCAGUCCAACGUGGCAUUUUAGUUCAUUGAACUUUUCAGAAUGUACCCGAUCUUCGUGAAAUUGGACCAAUGCGUCUCCCAAAGCUUCAUCAAACCGAUGUUCUGCAGUUUGGACAUGCUGAUCGAUGAUGAUCCGGAUAGCGACGAUUUGGAGGUGGUUAGGGGCUUCUUAAGUGGUUGGACUCUUAGGUAGGUACGUGGAAGAAGGAGCACUUUACUCAAAGCAUUUCUGAUCUUUAGGAGACGUUGAAGUUUAUUAGGGGCUUCUCUAGUGAUUUGAGGGGUUCGUAGGUCUUGAGGCAACCAUCUGGGAAAAUGUUUAGUGGACACUAUAGGGUUUUGACGUUUUAGUAGCCACUAUAGUAGUCAAAUUAUUGGCCACUUGAGAGGUUAAAAAUUAGUGGCCACUAUAGGGUUUUGACGUUUUAGUGGCCACUAUGGUAGUAAAAUUAGGGGCCACUUGAGGGGUUAAAAAUUAGUCGCCGCUAUAAAGGUCUAAGUGCUACUACCAGACCACUAAAAAUUUUAGUGGCCACUUUAGGGGUCAAUGGAUCAACAUAACUGGUCCAUGCUGUUUUUUUUUUUUAAUUAUCAUACUUACUGAAAGGAAUAUUGGAUGAAAAACUACUGAAGUGGCCACUAUAGAGGUGGGUUUAGUGGCCACUCUAGUGUCCUCUCCAUGUAGUCCUUGGCCAGCCUCUAAAGAGGCCACUAAAAAUUUUCCCAGAUUGGAAAUAUUCAGAGCAUUUGAGGGUUUUCAAAGUACCAAGUCCUUAAGGAGAUGCUUAUAACAUACAUUUUUUUUAAAGUUUUUACUCUUCAGGCGGCAGGAAUCCUGAUGGAAGAAUUCGGACCAUCCCUCCAUGAUUUGAACUCCUACCUCGUCGAUCGGCUCAUCGUCAAGGUUCGGCAUCGGAUGAUCAGCGACGACGUCGUCAUGAACCGCGACAUUCGCCAGAUCCUUCUUCAUGUCUGAUGACGUCAUGUAAUAUUCAUUCAAUGACGUCACUUCAGGUGUGCGAUCUUUGGGCUUUCGGCUGGUCGGAGCUGAAUGUCCCGGAGUGCCUGGCGAUCAUGCCGACGAGUGGCAGUCUGACCGACGGACGUCAUCUGGCUCCGCCCCCACGGAAGAAUGACGUCACUCAUCAGGAGUUCGGCAGCAAGGAGAGCAUUAUUUGA